GCCUGAGUCCGUAUGUCUAUGUAUUGCAGUGUCUGUAUGCCUGAGUCUGUAUGUGUACGAACAUACGUCUCUGUAUGACAAUGUCUGACUGAGUCUGUAUGUCUCUCUAUGCCUGUGUGUUUCUGUUUGUGUAUGUAUGUAUGUCUCUGUGUGCCUGUGUCUAUAUGCCUGAGUAUGGCACUGUCUGUAUGUCUUUGUAUGCCGGAGUCCAUUUGUCUGUGUAUUGCAGUGUCUGUAUGUCUCUGUAUGCCUGAGUCUGUAUACGACCGUAUGUCUCUGUAUGACAGUGUCUGUCUUAGUCUGUAUGUUUUUGUUUGUUUGUGUAUGGCAGUAUGUCUCUGUAUUAUAGUGCCUGAGUCUGUAAGUCUCUGUAUGAUUACACCUGCAGUCAGACACGGUACACACAUAAUGAGACACUACCACAAACACACAUACAGCAUACACAAUCAGAUAUGGUAUACACACAAUACUACACCUACACUCUAACACAGUAUGCACGCUUACACUCACUGCUACACAUACACAAUGCUACACACACAGUCAGACAUAGUACACAUUGUAAUUAGUAUUUUAGCAAUUUAGGGAACUUUCCUCUUCCAAGAAUUAACAUUGUGUCCUGUGAUGUCAUAAAUACUUAAUUAAUUAUGCAAAUUAGCACGGCCGGUAUUUUACUCCAAGAAAGGUGGUGACCCUACAAAGGAUACCAGCACACAGACACAAACAGCAGCGCACAAGGAUGGCAGCACACACACAGACACAAACAGCAGCACACAAGGAUGGCAGCACACACACAGAUACAAACAGCAGCACACAGGAUGGCAGCACGCACACAGACACAAACAGCAGCACACAGUAUGGCAGCACACACACAGACACAAACAGCAGCACACAAGGAUGGCAGCACACACACAGACACAAACAGCAGCACACAAGGACACAAACAGCAGCACACAAGGAUGGCAGCACACACAGAUACAAACAGCAGCACACAAGGAUGGCAGCACACACAGAUACAAACAGCAGCACACAAGGAUGGCAGCAUACACAGAUACAAACAGCAGCACACACAGAUACAAACAGCAGCACAGACAGACACAAACAGCAGCACACAAGGAUGGCAGCACAGACAGACACAAACAGCAGCACACAGUAUGGCAGCACACACACAGAUACAAACAGCAGCACACAGGAUGGCAGCACGCACACAGACACAAACAGCAGCACACAGUAUGGCAGCACACACACAGAUACAAACAGCAGCACACAGGAUGGCAGCACGCACACAGACAAACAGCAGCAUACAGUAUGGCAGCACACACACAGACACAAACAGCAGCACACACACAGACACAAACAGCAGCACACAAGGAUGGCAGCACACACACAGCCACAAACAGCAGCACACAAGGACACAAACAGCAGCACACACAGAUACAAACAGCAGCACACAGUAUGGCAGCACACACACCGACACAAACAGCAGCACACAAGGAUGGCAGCACACACCGACACAAACAGCAGCACACAAGGAUGGCAGCACACACAGAUACAAACAGCAGCACACACAGAUACAAACAGCAGCACACAGUAUGGCAGCACAAACACAGAUACAAACAGCAGCGCACAAGGAUGGCAGCACACACCGACACAAACAGCAGCACACAAGGAUGGCAGCACACACAGACACAAACAGCAGCACACAGUAUGGCAGCACACACACAGAUACAAACAGCAGCACACAGGAUGGCAGCACGCACACAGAUACAAACAGCAGCACACAGGAUGGCAGCACGCACACAGACAAACAGCAGCAUACAGUAUGGCAGCACAAACAGCAGCACACAAGGAUGGCAGCACACACACAGACACAAACAACAGCACACAAGGAUGGCAGCACACACACAGACACAAACAGCAGCACACAAGGACACAAACAGCAGCACACACAGAUACAAACAGCAGCACACACAGAUACAAACAGCAGCACACACAGAUACAAACAGCAGCAGCAUGGCAGCACACCGACACAAACAGCAGCGCACAUGGCAGCACACACAGACAAACAGCCACGCACAGAUACAAACAGCAGCACACACACAGACACAAACAGCAGCGCACAAGGAUGGCAGCACACACCGACACAAACAGCAGCGCACAAGGAUGGCAGCACACACAGACACAAACAGCAGCACACACAGAUACAAACAGCAGCAUACACAGACACAAACAGCAGCGCACAAGGAUGGCAGCAUACACAGACACAAACAGCAGCACACAAGGAUGGCAGCACGCACACAGACACAAACAGCAGCACACAAGGAUGGCAGCACGCACACAGACACAAACAGCAGCACACACAGAUACAAACAGCAGCGCACAAGGAUGGCAGCACACACCGACACAAACAGCAGCGCACAAGGAUGGCAGCACACACAGACACAAACAGCAGCACGCACAGAUACAAACAGCAGCACACACACAGACACAAACAGCAGCGCACAAGGAUGGCAGCACACACCGACACAAACAGCAGCGCACAAGGAUGGCAGCACACACAGACACAAACAGCAGCACACACAGAUACAAACAGCAGCAUACACAGACACAAACAGCAGCGCACAAGGAUGGCAGCACACACAGACACAAACAGCAGCACACACAGAUACAAACAGCAGCAUACACAGACACAAACAGCAGCACACAAGGAUGGCAGCACGCACACAGACACAAACAGCAGCACACAAGGAUGGCAGCACGCACACAGACACAAACAGCAGCACACACAGAUACAAACAGCAGCACACGUUUCUUAGAGGUUACUGCUCAUCCUUUCACUUCCGCCAGGCUUUGGCAUUUCCGCAUUCGACAACGUAACGUCGUUGCCCGCGUGCUGACGUCACCAGCAGACGUCUUUUCCCCUGCUCCUCCGUUGUUCCUGUCCCAGGCCCCGCUGUCCCCUGGCCCCGUGACUCCUCGCCCAGUCCGUGUCCCCAUCCUGAGCCCGGACACUGAGACCCGAUGGAGCACCGUCACCCAGUGUGCUGAUCGCCCGGCGGAGGAGCAUUCUGGGUAA